AUGACUGCGAGGGAGACUGUUAACCAUACCAUUUAUGCACGCGCCUUUCACCCGGCCAUUGAUCUCCAGUUUCACGAACCUCCUUCCCGUCAGGCCCUAGAAUCCAUGAAACUUUCUAUGCUUCCUGUCGCUCCUGACUCUUUGACCAAACCACCUGCACGAUUGCGCAGUGGCCGGGAAUAUGUCUACCGUUGUCAUUCCGAUAAAAAUCCUUAUUUCAUCCGUCCUCCUCUGCUUUCCUGGCCAUGCUUUAACUGCACUUUGGCUGGUUUCCCUGAGGAGUGCAUUUUUGAGGGUGGAGUUGGCGAGGAGAUAUGUACGCGCUGUAGGUCCACUCGUCAUGGACAUUGCUCUGCACGCUGGGAUGCCAAUCAGCUCCAUCGUGCUGCUACCUUAUUGGACCCUCUCAUUCUCAGUGGUGAUGGUGCUAUUCGUCGUGGUGUUGACCGUAUCGAGCGUAUCGAGGUCGAGAUCAAGCUGCUCGCGAGGUCCCUUCAACUCUUGUAUGAGGACCGGCAGCAGGUUGUGGGUGAGCUUACUGAUGGUCUUGAUGCCAUUGCUUCUCGUGAGCAUGGUACUGAGAUCAUCGAUGCUUAUGCACAAGUCUCUGAUCUCCUCAAAUCUUUCUUGGUACGUCCUGGUUCUAAGGAUGCAUCUAUCAAUGGGGAUGCUGUGGUGUCUAGCUCUGACAGUGAGUAA